AUGACGCUGGCUUUUGAUCAAGCGAGCUCCCUAGUCACCGGCUGGGUACGGUCAUGCUGGGAAUGUUUGUCCGGUGUGGAGGGACUAGGUCCAAAGGGCCAGCAAGCGGAGGGAAGAGGUGUCGAGCGGGAGAUGCAGGUAUGCCAUAACCAACCUCAUCUCGUCCCUCCGAUGAAGCUGGUUGUGUAUGAUGACCUCCCAAGUCCGGGUGUAUGUCACCAGCCUCGACAUUCGCUCUCGUCGUGGUUUGGCGAAGGGCGGAAUCUCGCCUCGCGCGCAUCGGGCCGGGCAAGCAUCUCCUGGAAGAGGCACCCACCAGCGCCGUUGAAGAUUAGCGCUCCAUCAGACUUCCGCAGGGUGCAAUCGUUUCAGAUGCAGCCUUCGCCGAUAAUGUAUCAACCCCUCCAACUCAGUAUUCACCGAUCUGGGAAUCGAUUAUCAGAUCUUCCUUCCUUCGACUCCUUUGCCCUAGACGAGGCCAGCCCACGCAAGACGUUGGCAGUACCACCGCCUGCUCUCUCCCCCGCGGGUAUUCGGUCUCGACGCUGCCAGUCCAGCGAAGCUCGAAUUUCUCUGUCUCGCAAGCCGGUCGGCUCUGCAAACCGCCGGUCGCUGGCAAAUAUAGAGGAACCUAUUGAACCGCCUCAGCCGGUUCGCAUUGCAAGUGUUUUGAUUCCCCAUUUCUCCACUAUCAACCCCGUCGAAUCUCUUCUACCGGAGGAUCCGGUGCCAAUGCCUACCUAUGUACCCUCCGUUCCUUCUGUUUCCAGAGUUCCUACGCACUUUAGGUCGAAGUCCGAGGAAAGCAACAUCACACUCGACACCGAGCUAUCCAUCCACGUGAAAACCGAGGUGCUGGGAGAAGAAGCCCCUCGAACUCCCCCAACUGCGAAGCAUGCCGAUGAAACCACAGACGUUCCAUCCCUCCAAGAUUCGCCGUCGUCAGCCAGCUCGCGUACAAUGCCAUCUCGGAUCUCCUCGUUGCGUCGUCCUUCUACGGCCGAGAACCGGAAGACUAUUGCCUCGGUACCACUUCCCAACCGUGUGACUCAAUGGUUUUUCUCCAGCAAGCCCGCCUCGCCCAAGCAAGUCUCGCUUGCUGGUGAGAAUGGUUUUGAAUGGGAACGAACUCGCACUUUAAGUGGCACCACAGUCAACUCGACCAUCACGACCAUCACUAGCGCUGCGGUGACCCGGUGGCCUCAUGCUUCUAUCUCUAGUACCUUCACCAACGGUACGACUCCACGAACCUCGCUGCAUGGUCCAUCUCCAGCUGCAGAGAAGGAUAUUGAAGCUGGCUACUCUCAACCUACUAUUUUCGAGGGUCGAUCACAGCAAUAUUCAUACUCUACCUCUCAUGCCAAGGACCAGGUUCGGUACCGGGGCUUAGCUAUUGGUGUGGCUUUCUAG